UGUGGGAUUUUGAGAAACAUAAAGCUAUCCAGUCCAAGCAACAGGAUGAAAUUGGUGUUUCUGACGGAUUCUAGCGUUCAAAAAACAGGAUUUCAUGCAACAGCAAAGUCAAAUUCGUCUUGCUGGUCAGAAAUUGAUUUGAAUUUCAUUGGUGGAGCAUACGUCACAUCGCCAAAUUAUCCCAGUGACUAUCCUUCCUAUGCUGAAUGCGUUUAUGUUGUUCGUGCACCAAUUGAACAGCAUGUUGAACUAACGAUCAACGACCUACUGUUGGAAGGUGAACCUCCUGACUGCAAGAAUGACAAAUUGGAAGUCUACUAUGAGAAAAAUUUUGACACCUAUCAGUGGAUAUUGAAUAACACGUUUUGUGGGAAUUUAUAUAACAUAAAGCUAUCCAGUCCAAGAAACAGGAGGAUGAAAUUGGUGUUCCAGUCCAACCAUGCCAUUGUUUAUAAAGGAUUUCAUGCAUUCGUAAAGUCAAGUUCGUCUUGCUGGUCAGAAAUUAACUUAAGUUUCUACGUUGGAGCAUACGUCACAUCCCCAAAUUAUCCCAGCGACUAUCCUUCCAAUGCACAUUGUGCUCAUGUUUUUCGUGCACCAGUUGAACAGCAUGUUGAACUAACGAUCAACGACCUACGGCUGGAAGGUGAACCUCCUGACUGCAAUAAUGACAAAUUGGAAGUCUACUAUGUGCAAAACUCGAUCACCGAACAGUGGAUAUUGAAUGACACGUUUUGUGGGAUUUUGUCUGACAUACAGCUCUCCAGUCCAAGCAACUUGAUGAAACUGGUGUUUCUGACGGAUUCUGGAGUUGAAAAAAGGGGAUUUCACGCAACAGCAAAGUCAAGUUCAUCUUGCUGGUCAGAAAUUAGCUUGAAUUCCAGCGGUGGAGCAUACAUCACAUCGCCAAAUUAUCCCAGUGACUAUCCUUCCAAUGCUAAUUGCACUUUUAUUUUAAGUGCACCUGUUGGACAGCAUGUUGAACUAGCCAUUAAUGACCUAUGGUUGGAAGGUGAACCUCCAGACUGCAAGAAUGACAAAUUGGAAGUCUACUAUGUGCAAAAUUUGAACACCUAUCUGUGGAGAUUGAAUACCACGUUUUGUGGGAGUGUGUAUAACACACAUCUCUCCAGUCCAAGCAACUUGAUGAAAUUGGUGUUCCAGUCUGAUAGUUCCCUUGUUGGGAAAGGAUUUCACGCAACAGCAAAGUCAAACUGUCCUGACAAAUGGUUUAACUGCAGAAAUGGAAAAUGCAUAGCGGAGAUGUGGUUGUGCGACGGAGAGGAUGACUGUGGAAACUUUAAAGAUGAAGAAAACUGCGACGUUGUAACCGCAAAGAAUGAUCCUUCAUCUGUAUCUACUCUUCAUAUUGAUGAGAGGACUACAGAAUCACCAAAUCUGAUAAAUAAUCACGACUGUAGCGAUAAUGGAAUUCCAAAAUGGGAUGCAAUUAAAGAAGAAGUGAAGUGUGUACGCAAUCCUGGCUUUGGUGAAGAAGACUGCAGGAAAAAUCUUUUAGAAGAGAAGAAGUGUAGUGGAAAUGGGCAAGCAAAAUGGAAUGUGAUUAAAAAUGAAGUCAUGUGUGUAUGCCAUCCUGGAUUUGGCGGUGAAGACUGCAGCGAAAAUUUGUUACAAAAAGAGACUUGUAGCAGAAACGGAGUACCAAAAUGGAACAUUAGCAUAGAGAAAGUGGUGUGUGUAUGUUACCCCGGCUUUGGCGAGGAUGAUUGCAGCAAAAAUCUAUUAGAGCAAAAGACUUGUAGUGGCAACAAUGGAGUGCCUAAAUGGAACGCAAUCGAGGAGAACGUGGUGUGUGUGUGUCAUCCUGGCUUUGACGGACCAGAUUGUAGUGAAAGCGUUGUAGUCAGCGGGAGUGAUUCUUCGUCUGAAGUAUCUACCCUUCGUAUUGAUGCCAUGUCUACUAAAACAUCUGACGUUGCUGCCACAAAGAGUGAUCCUUUAUCUGCUGCAUCUACUCUUCGUGUUGGUGACAUAACUGCAGAAUCAGCAGAUGUUGCAGCAGCAAAGAGUAAUCCUUCAUAUGAUGGUUCUGCUCUUCGUAUUGGUGACAGGAUUACUGAAUCACCAGGAACUUCUCAAGACUCUGGAUUAUUUGCUACAGUCUCUUUUCUUGCUGAUUUGAUGAUGCUGUUGCUACUAAUACUCUUGGUUGGCUUUCUUAUCUACAAGUUGUAUAAAAGGAAAAGAACUUUACGUACGACUACCCUGUGUGCUGUUAAUAAUGUAUACCAGGAUGUAACUGAACUGCAAUAUAUUAAUGUAGAAAGUAGUGAUCAUCCAUGUCGCGAGCAGUGAUGUUCGUCUUCGCCUGAAACAACCUAACUCAAUUUGUCGCCAAGAUGUGAUUGUAUAAGCUAAACUUCAAGCUAAACAGAAGAUAGUGCUCAAACCUUCUUUAUUCCUAACUAACGCACAGAAAUAGGCUUUGCUGGAUGCAAAGCAUCUGUGUCAAUUGUGAUUCUGUCAAUUAGAUUUCGGGAUUUUUUUUUUUUUUUUUUUUUUUCAGUGAAUCUUUAAAUUUUACAGCACGAACACUAUUGCUGAAAAACAAAUCCAGGAAUCUGUUAUGUACAGGUAACCUUCAAUGGUAAAAGAAAUUUCUGUUCAAACUAUUGACCAGGAGUUGGAUUUCCUACCCCUGACUUGCAGGUAAAGGAGCAUCAACGCAGUCCAGGAAGUGAUUUCGCAGUGAGACAAAUGAGGUAGUGAGAAGCAAAGGAAUGCAAGUGACAAAAUUAAAAAUUUGGAGAUAACCAGUACAAAUGGUGGGUGAACCUCUCCUCUGUCUUGGGGCAAGAGAUGGUACUAGUAGCCCUGGUAGGUGCUUCUGUAUAUCAUGAUUUAGAAAAAAAUUUCAAUGAAAGCCUACCUAAGAUGUUAUCUGUAAACGCGUUUUACUCAAAACUUAAAAUAGUCCCUUUGCUUCUCACUGCCUCAAAUAUCAACAGCUCAUCCUUAUCAUUGAUUUUACUGUUGGAAUAUUCAUAUACUGAUGAAUGUGUGUGUCGGACAAUGGAUUAUUGUCAUGAUAACUCCCUGGAGACGCUGCACAAAUUCAUGAAUAGUUUGCAUCGUCUGCUUUUUUUUAUGGUCUUAGUAUUUGAAUUAGUAUUCAGUUCUUUCUCCUUUUCAUUGUAGGAGGAAAUUUGAAAUGAGGAAAAAAAUAAAUGUAUUUCUGCUUUCACACAUGAUUUUUCUGUUUUUAAUAAUGUAAUAAAUAAUGGCUUAAAUUUCAUUGACAGUCAAGAAACAGGCUUUUACUGCAGCGAUUGGUAACUUUUUCUCACAUGUGGUCUGCAGUUUUAGUUUUAUGUUACUCAAAUAAAAUAAAAGAUUUCAA